UGGUCUGUGGUGCUGCUUGCUGGCUGCUGCCUCCCUCUGUAGCGUUCUUUAUUUGGCUCCGAGUUAUUUUUGUCACUCAAUAUGUGCUUACGAGUCCCCCCAAUUCGAAGGUAAUGGCUAUGUCCAAACACAUGCUGGUCAAGCUUAGCCUACUGGUCUGCGCUGUACUGUCCCAGUAUGGAAUGGUGCUGGAAGCGAUGGGGGUAUUCCCAUACGGCCGAUAUGCCCGGGAUGUUUCUCAUACUGCAAACGGAGACUUACCUCCGCCAGCAGUGAACUCUGUAAGACCCCCGCCGGCGGAGGAGCAGCCGGAAGCCUUCCCCAUGCCGCCUAUUCCACGAGAUAUUCCAAGGGACGAGGACGAUGAGUCAGCCAACGUAACUAGGUCAAAGGCUGACAAGGUCACCCCAACAAAAGUUAUCGUUUCGCUGCUAUCAAAAUACGACGACAGAGUUAGACCAGACUUCAAAGGACCUCCAGUAAAAAUCUUCUGCCAGUUGGUUGUGAACAACUUGGGUUCGGUGAAGGCCGAGACUAUGGACUACAUCGUAACGGUUUUCAUGCGACAGAGAUGGGUGGAUUCACGUCUUCAACAUUACGACUUCAACGACUCCAUCGUUCUUUCAUCCCGUAAUCUCGACAAGGUUUGGCUGCCGGAUCUGUUCUUCGUGAACGAGAAGGCCGCAGGCUUCAUCUCUACUACAGGAAACAACAAGAUGCUGAGAAUAUACCCAAAUGGUGAAGUACUGUACAGCGAAAAAUACACGAUGCUGCUGAAAUGUCGAAUGAACUUCGAGAUGUUCCCGAUGGACACCCAGGUCUGCACCUUACAGACGGAGAGCUAUAGCCACACGGAUAAAGACCUCCUGCUGAUCUGGGAUGUGGACCCGGUGGUCCUCAGCGGUGACAUCGAGUUGCCCGAGUACAUCCUGAGGGGACGGCGGUUUACAACCUGUGAUUCUGAUCGAGAAAUAGGCACAUUCACCUGCCUUGAGGCACAAUUCAAGCUUGUUAGGAGACUAGGAUUUUACCUGCUGUCUAGCUACAUCCCCAGCAUUAUGAUCACGGUGUUGUCGUGGCUGACGUUCUGGAUCAGCCCUGAGAUUGCGCCUGCUCGCGUGGCUCUGGGCAUCACCACAGUCCUGACAUCAACAGCACUGUUUGGUGUAAACAGGCAGACCAUGCCAAGAUUCUCCUACAUUCGAGCCAUGGAUAUCUGGAUGAUGGUCUGCAUUACCUUCGUCUUUGGCGCUCUGGUUGAGUUUAUUGCGGUCCACUUCAUCUUCAAGAGACACAAGAAAUUCGGCUUCCCCAAGAAAGUCAGAAACCUCGUGGGACUCAACAAGCACUGGAAGUUCAAGUACAGGAAGCAGGACAAUACACCGCUGGAUCUCGAAAAUGGCACACCCAAAAAGAAACGCCGCCGACCCCGGAGGAGAACAGCCGCAGAAGUCACACUACUCUAUCAGACAAGAGCACGAAGAAUAGACCUCAUCUCCCGGGUGGUGUUUCCCGUUUCCUUCACAUUCUUCAAUAUCGCAUACUGGACUAUAUAUUUGUCUUGGUACGAGGCGUAGUAUAGCAACAUACCUCUUGGAGCAUAGACCAUUUUAUAUUGUAUAAGCAGGUUCACAAUUACGACUGCGCAUGCCUGGGGUCAAAGGUGAAAGCCCAUACGUCAUACAUGUCCUGACGUGUUUUGUGUUGUUUGGAGGGCCUUGUUUGAAAAUUGGCAUGCGCAGUAGUAAUUGUAAAAGGUCCCCAUUUCAGUGCAUAAGUGAAUUGCUUUGUGUUGAGAUGAAUGUCUUUUGUUUUAUUGUGGAAAAUUCUUGUAUUGUAGCAAAUUAGUGUCCUACGUUGCGUCUUUUUGGUUGUACAUAUACCCGUGGGCCUGUUGUGUCAUUGUGUACUAAAAUCAAUGUAAAUCUAAGUUUAAGAUGUAGGUAGGGAACGAAGAAAAAACAGAAAGUUUUAUCAGCUAUGUAAAGAAA